AUGGAUGCCGAGCCUUGCCGGUUGUUCGUUUGGAACGUUGCGUCUGCCGCACGGUUCUGCGAGUGCACCAGGCAUUUGGAUUCCGUCGCCGAUCAAACCUUAUGGGAAGACUCGCACGGACAACUCUGGCUGCGGGUACCAUUCUCGAGCCCUCUCCUGCGGCUCUUCCCGUGCCAGCAGCACAGCCUCACGCGCUGCGCCAAGUGCGGGCACGACUACCGUGCCCACGUCGAGCACACCCUCAAGAGGCGCAAGGACGGGGAUUACGACAAGUUCAUCCGGGAACACGCGCGGCGGGUCGGGGGAAGAGGGGCUCAGGACUACCGAGGGGGGUCCGUUUUUUCGGAUCAGCAGAGGACCAGUCGAGAACGCGUGGACGCCAGCGUAGGAAGCCUGGGCAGCUCGAGCGCCAACGGCAACAAAUCGGGCGCCAGCAACGCGAACGGCGGUAUCAGCUCCGGCGGCAUCGGCAACGGUGCCGGUUGGAGAAGACGGCUGGCGGUGUUGGCGGAGGCGCAGCGGGCCGCCCUGCUGCAGACGUCUGGCAUCGCCGUCACCUCCGAGACGGCGCGGUCCGCGUUCAAGGCCGUGCACGACGAGAAGGUGAAGGCCGAAGCCGCCCAGGAAAAGCGGGAGAACAAGCGUCGCCGGCGCGGCGACGGCGGUGGUGCGACGGCGGGGAGGAGGACGAGCUCGAGUCGAGUCCGCGAGGACUUGGAUGCGGAGAGGUACGGGGAUGGGGGGGAGCGCCUGCGGUCAAGGGGCGGUGUGGCGGACCGAGGGGGGGGCGCUCGAAGAGGCGGUUCCCGGGGUAGCCGCAGCGUUGGCGGUGGCAGGGGGAGUAGUAGCCGCAGGAAGGGGGAGACCGAGGACGAGGUCGCCCUGCGGCACCUUCGUGCGUUUGAUCGAAUCGAGUACAUUUGA